AUGGCAUUGAGAGUUGCUGAAACUGUUCCAUUAAGAUGUACUGAAGAAUUUAAUUCUAAUUUACACGAAGUUGAUAAUGAUUGGAAGAAGGUGACCGAAACGGCACCAGUUUUGCAAGACACACAUGUUGGAAGUGAUGUUGAUGGACAUGUUCCAGAAAGAGGUAAUUCUGCUGCUGUUGGUAAAGCGUUAGUUGAACACGUUAAACAAAUCGAUCAUGAGGAAUGUGAUGCGGGUGAUGAAGAUUCCUUCUUUGUGUGUGAUUUGAACGAAGUGGUUAAAUCGGUUGAAACGUGGCACAAACACUUGCCGAGGAUUCAACCUCAUUAUGCAAUCAAAUGCAACACCAAUUUGGAAGUGAUCAAGUUGUUGCACCAAUUGGGUGUCAAUUACGAUUGUGCAUCCAAGAAUGAAAUUGAUACAGUUUUGAAAUUGGGUAUCAGUGCUGAUAAAAUCAUUUAUGCCAACCCAUGCAAAACCAAUUCUUUUAUUAGACAUGCCAAGAUGAGCAAUGUCAACUUGACCACCGUUGACAAUGCACAUGAAUUGGAAAAGUUGGCUAAAUUCCACCCAGAGUGCAAAAUCUUGGUUAGGAUCAUGACUGAUGACGAAGGUGCUCAGUGUAGAUUGAGCACUAAAUUUGGAUGCAGCUUGACCACGGCUAUUGAGUCGAUUUUACCCACGGCGCAAAGGUUGGGGUUGUCGGUCGUUGGUGUUGCUUUCCACGUUGGGUCUGGGGCCAAAGACUUUGACUCGAUUUACAAAGCUAUUCGUGACUCAAGGGAAGUAUUCAACAGUGGUCUUGAGAUGGGAUUCGCCAUGAAUUUAUUGGAUAUUGGUGGCGGAUUUGAGACGGAGACUUUUGUCGAGUCUUCCAAGAUUGUCAAUGUCUCCAUUGAUGAGUUUUUCCCUCAAGAGUUUGUCAAUGAGCACAAGAUUAAGUUUAUUGCCGAGCCGGGCAGGUUCAUGGUUGCCAAUGCAUUUACAUUGGCCACGCACGUGAUUGCUAAGCGUGAGUUACAACACCAAGAAGGUGGCGAUGAGCAAGACCGUAUAAGGGCAAUGUUGUACAUCAACGAUGGUGUUUAUGGAAACAUGAACUGUAUAUUGUUUGACCAUCAACAUCCAACUGCUCGUGUUUUGAAAAGUGGAUCACACUUCCAUUACGAUUAUACGGGGAAAAAGUUGAACAUUGGUGGCUACAACAGUUUCAAUUACUCAAUUUGGGGACCGACUUGUGAUGGGUUGGAUUGUGUCUCCACAAAGAGUGCAUUACAUUGUGAGGUAGAGGUUGGUGAUUGGAUCUACUUCCCCAACUUGGGGGCUUACACCAGUGCUGCAGCUACACAAUUCAAUGGAUUUGAAAACGACACCAAGAUCAUAUACAUUCCUGUUGAGUAA